GAUUGGAGAAGAAUUAUACAGAGUGGCCUGUCCUUAAGACUCAGUCGCUCUUUCGUUCUCUCUGCAUUCGGUCCAAAUGUUUAGACGUCACCCACGCCUGUUUUAGGUACACUUAUUACAUACGCGUUGUUGAAAGUGCUGACGAAAAUAUAAUCCGUCACUAUUAAAGGUCGUAAAUUAGCAUUGAUGGGACCAAAGUAAAUAUCGUUAGUAGUCAAUGUAAAUUUUUGCAACACAAACAACAAAAUCAAUUGAACGACAGCAGAGUAUAUGGUUCCCAGAAUUCGAGGAAGAAGGAUCAAAUAUCUUUAACUCAGCUAAAAGGAGGAAAUGGAGAUGGAGAUAUAAAAACCCGCAAAACGAAAGUGUAAAGAUAUGCUAAUGUGGGCUGCAGACAGAUUUAUGCGUUAUAGGCGUUAAAGUUGAUCAAAAAAUAGGUCAAAUAUAAGUCGGAACCAGCCGGAUCGGUGAACUAUAUCUUAAAGGUCCCAUAGAAACUAUCGGGGAAAAAAUUUAAAAAAAUAUAUAUCUUUGGUGUUUUUUAACAUAUAACCUUCUAAGCUUGGAAAGGACAUUAUUUAAUUAGUUCUGAAUUUCGAAUUAAUUUUUUAUCAAAAUCGGAUGACUGUAUCAUAUAGCUGCCAUAGGAACGAUCGGAAAAUUAGUGAAAAAAAUACCUGGUUAAGGCUGAUAUUUUUUGAAAACAAUAAAUUUAGAUUUGACGUUAAAUAAGCUACAAAAGACCAGGUUACCACAAGCUGAUGCCAGUAUAACCACAUACACACACGAAAGCUAAGGAAAAUAAUAAUAAAUAAAGGCGCGCACACCGAGACCAAAUAUAAUGCCAAAAUAUCAGAAGCUUGACAGUCCCAUCCCGCCAACUGUCCACGAAGAUGACUGCGAGGGCGAUUUUCCUCUGUAUUCCAUUGGCAGUCAUCAGGUCGCUCGCCUGUCAAAGAGUCGAUACCAAUAUCACAAUCUCGUGAACAACGGCAUAGAAAGCGGAGUUGUGACAAUCGAGACGAAUACAGUACGGAUUCCAGAGGAGCAAACGUGGGAGGUGCCUCUGCUAGGCGAUAGCGAUGACAGGGCUAGUCAGCACGGACGAAUGGAAUUGAAUACGGAGCUUAAGUGCCACAGCCGUCAGCCAGGAUUCGGUUGUAACGUCAAUAUGAAAGCUGAGCAGCAGGCCAAAAAUAAAAUUCUGCUCGUAGCCUUCAUUUGUUUCAUAUUCAUGGUCAUUGAAUUUCUUGGCGGAUACGUGGCUGGUAGUCUCGCCAUCAUGACGGAUGCCGCUCAUUUAGCAUCUGAUUGCAUUAGUUUUGUCAUCGGUUUAGUUUCCAUUUGGGUGGGAGGGCGUCCACCAGACGAUUGCAUGUCUUUUGGUUACAAACGCUUCGAUUUUCAAAAUCUUAAAAGCUAUUUUCUUAAAUAUUUUUUUGUGCUUUUUGGCCUAUCAGAGGUCAUCGGCGCAUUGGCCUCUAUCUUGGGAAUCUGGUUCCUAACCACCUUGCUCGUGGUGCUAGCCGUUCAAAGAAUAUGCUCCCAGGACUUUGAACUUGACGUAAAUACGAUGAUGGUCAUUUCAGGCAUAGGCAUUGCUAUUAAUAUCGUAAUGAUGUUAAUUUUGCAUGGCUCCUGGUUCGUAAGCGGCAAUGGACACGGUCACAGUCACGGAAACGGACACUUUCAUAGUCACGGUAAAAGCUUUAUAAAGAAAGAGGAUUUAAAGGCAGCUGACACCGUUCCAAGCAAAGAAAAUAUUGGUGCUAUGGAUGCGACGAAUUUAUUGCACCGGCCUGGAUCAGCAAGGUCGCAACAGGCCCGCGAAGCGGAAAACGUAAACGUUCGAGCCGCCAUGAUACAUGUUGUUGGGGAUCUGGUGCAAAGCAUUGGUGUUUUUUUGGCUGCUGUCCUAAUCAAAUUUUACCCAAGUGUUAAGUACGCUGACCCCCUCUGCACUCUUCUCUUCUCUAUAAUCGUAAUACUGACGACAGUUCAGCUAUUUAAAGAGUCUGUGUGCAUCCUUGUAAAUGCAGUUCCACAAAAGCUUAGUUUGCGUACCCUAAAUUCCGAGCUGGCUAAUCUCGAGGGUGUCAGAUCUGUUCAUCACCUUAACGUUUGGCAGCAAACGACUCAUCUAACUGUAAUGAUGGUGCAUCUCGUCACAGAUUCUCGAACAGACGGAACUGCGGUGCUCCAGGCGGCAUCAAAGCUCGUAUCCAGCGCAAAAUACAACAUAAAUCAUGCAACUAUUCAAAUCGAACAUUUAACUGCAGAGCCGUAAUUUAUGAGCCGUAAAUUAUAUUUCACCGGGAUUAGCUAAUUGCACUACUUUUGAACUACCAAAAUAGUUAAAGUCAUCUUGUGUUUUAAGCCACUUUUGAAAGAUUAUAUUUGUUAUAUUUUCAUGAUGUUCUCUGAAUUAAAAAAAAAAAUUAUUAUUCUAAUAUUGGUAUAUGGAUGCGCCGAAUAAAAUAUUGAAAGAGACAUAUAAAUAGAA